GGCGGUACAGGUAAAACAUAUCUGUGGAAGACCUUAUCAGCAUAUAUAAGGCAUCAAGGAAAUAUUGUGUUGAACGUAGCUUCAAGUGCGAUCGCAUCAUUGCUGCUUCCAGGUGGAAGAACGGCACAUUCCAGGUUUAAAAUCCCACUCAUAGCAGCAGAAGAUUCAACUUGCAACAUAAAACCAGGAAGUGCACUUGCGAAGCUGAUUCAAAUGACAAAAUUGAUAAUUUGGGACGAGGCCCCCAUGACUAAUAAGUACUGCUAUGAAGCUCUUGAUCGGACUAUGCGGGAUAUUCUUCGACAUUCAUACGGUUGUGAUGGGAGCAAACCUUUUGGUGGAAAGACAAUUGUCUUUGGCGGAGACUUUAGACAGAUUUUACCGGUAAUUCCAAAGGGUAGUAGGCAAGAUAUUGUGCAGGCGACUUUAAACUCAUCCUUCAUUUGGCCGUUUUGCAAGGUACUGAGGCUAACGAAGAACAUGAGAGUGCGAAGUGGAUCAGACGAUCUUAAUUUUGCAUACAUACAAAGGUUCAUUGAUUGGAUUUUAAAG